UGCGACAGGAAUGCAAGCCAUUUGACAACAGUAAUGGCGUAUAUGAGAAGGCGCCACAACGACCACGAAGACAGCAAAUCUAUAAACAGCGGAAUUGUGUUCUCAAAUAACUGGACAUCAAACAGAUUUUCUUUUCCUGAUAUUACUGCGUACAAGGGAGAAAUAGAUAGAAACUGCAGUGAUUUUAAACAUGAGUUUGGCGAUGACAAGGAUUGCAUCGCGUAUGCUUCGGCUUUCUUUGAUGAAGAGAUAGAUGAACUCCCACAUGAAUCAUCAAAGACUGAACCCACCAAGCAACCAGACAGCAUCCAUACAACAUUUAGACAGCAUCUAAGCACCAUACCAAGCAUCCAGACUACAUCCAGGCACAUCACCAAGCAACCAGAGAGCAUACAAUCACCACACCAAGCAACCUGACAGCAUCCAAGCAACCAGACAUCAUCCAGGCACCACACCUAGCAACCAGACAUCAUCCAGGCACCACACCUAGCAACCAGACAUCAUCCAGGCACCACACCUAGCAACCAGACAUCAUCCAGGCACCACACCAAGCAACCAGACAUCAUCCAGGUACCACACCAAGCGACCAGAUAUCAUCCAGGCACCACACCUAGCAACCAGACAUCCAGGUACCACACCUAGCAACCAGACAUCAUCCAGGAACCACACCUAGCAACCAGACAUCAUCCAGGCACCACACCAAGCAACCAGACAGCAUCCAGACGAUCGGAGCAGCAAGGGUGAUGGCACCAGAUGGCAUGUUGGGUGAUGGCACCAGAUGGGUGAUGGCACCAGAGGAUCUGGGAUAUUUCAGCCACAUUUUUCCCCGAUCGGCCGCUCGAAGCUGAUUUUUGUUUGUUUCUUUGAAGGGGUCAUUUCUAAGCUUUAUUCUUAUAAAUCAACAUAAAUAUGUAAUAAUCUCAUAAGCCUUAUUUAAAUAGUGCGAGCUAUUUUAUUUACUUUUUAUUUCAUGUAUUUUGUCCUAAAAUUUAAACACUCUGGGCAUUGUUUGUUAUCCUAAACGAGAUGUGUAUCCAAAAAAAUUAUUACUGCGAGCGCAAAGCGCGAGCAGAAAUGUUCAAUAUACAUGUACGUUUGGAUCUGAUCAAAAAAAUGGUCUGUUAACGGCUGCUUGCAGUUAGCCAUGAAGACGUGCAGUUAGCCAUGAAGACGUUACAUAUUUCAACUAUCAAAAUAAUGCGAAGCGCGAGCUGAAAAUGUUGACAUUUCUACCUGAAGAAUGGAAAUUCUAAGCACUUUUUGGAAUCGUAAAUAGGAUAAGUAUAUAAUUAAACAAUUGAUGCGAGCGCGAAGCGCGAGCGGAAAAAUUCGAGAUUUACACCUAAAAAUGGGACACUCUAUUCAUGUUUUGUAAACCAUGAAAGGGAUGUGUAAAUGAAAAUCUUCAUACAUUAAUAAUGCAAGCGCAAAGCUCGAGCAGAAAAUUUUUGAUAUUGUGAAAUUAAACUGGAUAAUGAUUUAAAUAGAGAACAAGCUGCAUAUCUGAAUAAACAUGCACGCGCGUGUUCAGAUUUCGACCUAGAAUCUGGGCACUCUAUACCCUUUUUUAUCAUGAAAAUCAAUAAAGCGAGCGCGAAGCUCGAGCUUAAAAUAUUUGA